AUGGCUGACAGUAAUGCAGAAUGCAAUAUCAAGGUGCUGUGUCGUUUUCGUCCGCUCAACCGCUCGGAAAUCCUGCGCGGAGAUAAGUUCAUACCCGUGUUCCAAGGUGAAGACGCCGUUCUCCUUGGGGGGAGGUGCUACGUGUUUGACCAGGUCUUCGCCACCAGCGCCACCCAGGAGCAGGUCUACCACACUUGUGCCAAGCACAUUGUCAAAGAUGUACUGGGCGGAUACAACGGGACCAUCUUCGCCUACGGCCAGACGGCUUCGGGAAAGACUCACACUAUGGAGGGAACCCUUCACGAUCCCCAGGGGAUGGGCAUCAUCCCCCGGAUCGCGGAGGACAUUUUCGAACACAUAUUCGCCAUGGACGAGAACCUGGAAUUCCACAUCAAGGUAUCCUACUUUGAGAUCUACAUGGAUAAAAUUCGGGACCUGCUCGAUGUGACCAAAACCAAUCUGUCAGUGCACGAAGACAAAUACAGAGUCCCUUAUGUGAAGGGCUGCACCGAACGCUUUGUCACCAGUCCAGAAGAGGUGAUGGACGUGAUAGAUGAGGGCAAGGUCAACCGCCACGUCGCCGUCACCAACAUGAACGAGCACAGCUCCCGCAGUCACAGCAUCUUCCUGAUCAGCAUCAAGCAGGAGAACGUGGAGACGGAGCAGAAGCUCACCGGCAAGCUCUACCUGGUGGACCUCGCCGGGAGUGAGAAGGUCAGUAAGACGGGCGCCGAGGGGGCCGUGCUGGACGAGGCCAAGAACAUCAACAAGUCUUUGUCGGCCCUCGGAAACGUCAUCUCGGCUUUGGCCGAAGGAACGAAGUCCCACGUGCCGUACCGCGACAGCAAAAUGACGCGCAUCUUGCAGGACUCGCUGGGGGGCAACUGUCGCACCACCAUGUUCAUCUGCUGCUCCCCCUCCAGCUACAACGACGUCGAGACCAGGUCCACGCUCAUGUUCGGACAAAGGGCCAAGACCAUCCGGAACACGGUGACGGUGAACCUCGAGCUCACCGCCGAGCAGUGGAAGAGGAAGUACGAGAAGGAAAGGGAGAAGAACAGGUCGCUGAAGGACACCGUGCACAGACUCGAGGCUGAGCUCAGCUGCUGGAGGAAUGGUGAGGUCAGAGAAGGGUCAGAGGACGAAGACGAGACGGCGCCGCCGCGGCCCGACCGCGAGGAGCCCGCGCCGGACGUCUGCAGCCCGUGUUCCCUGACCUCCUCCAUCGUGGUGCACAUCUCCGAUGAGGAGCGUCACAAGUACGAGGACCAGAUCCGGAAGCUCUACAGGCAGCUGGACGACAAGGAUGCUGAGAUUGACUACCAAAGUCAGAUGGUGGACAAGCUCAAGGACGAGAUGCUGAAGCAAGAGGAGUUCCUGGCGUCCUCCAGCGGCGACGGCGAGAGGGCGCAGUCCGAGCUGGGCCGACUGCAGGCGGAGAACGAGCGCUCCAAGGCGGAGGUGAAGGAGGUGCUGCAGGCGCUGGAGGAGCUGGCGGUCAACUACGACCAGAAGAGCCUGGAGGCGGAGGAGAAGAGCGUUCAGAACAAGCUGCUGGCUGAGGAGCUCGCCAAGAAAAUGACUCGCCUGGUGGCGUUGGAGGCGGAGCUUUCCCACAUCCAGGAGGCGAGCCGCCACCAGAAGAAGCGCAUCGCCGAGGUCCUCAACGGGCUGAUGAGGGACCUGAACGAGUUCGGCGCCAUCGUCGGCAACCGGGACGUCCAACUGUCCACGGAGAUCACGGACGUCGUGGAGGAGGAGUUCGCGCUCGCCCGCCUCCACGUCAGCAAGAUCAAGUCGGAGGUGAAGUCCAUGGCCAAGCGCUGCCGCCACCUGGGCGGCCUCCAGGCCGAGUGCCAGCGCAAGAUGGAGGAGACGGGAAGGCGGCUGUCAAACUGCCACGUCCUGGUCGCGCAGGUGGGCCGCGAGUCCAUGUCGCCGCAAAAACUUCAUCCGUCCGCUGCCAAUAGCGAGCAUCACGAGGCCAAGAUCCGCUCGCUGACCGAGUACGCUCACGACGUGGAGCGCAAGAGGAGGCGGCUGGAGGAGAGCUACGACUCCCUGGAGGAGGAGCUGGCCCGGGUCCGAGCCCGAGAGAGCGUGUCACAGUUGGCCAGCGGGGAGAACGACCCUGUCCAGGGAUGCUGUGACAUCCAGGUUCUGGAGCAGCAGAUGGCGUCGCACCGCGCGGCGCACGGAGAGCGACUCGCCCGUCUCCGCGACAAAAUCGACGAGCAGCAGGGGAUCAUCAACGACUUAACACACUGCAAGCAGAAGCAGGAGCUGGAGCUGGAACAACUGCACGACGACUACGAGCGUCUCCGCGGACGAGAGCGUCACAAGAGCAGACAGCUGGAGGAGCUGACAUUUCUCCACGAGCGACACGAGCAGUCCAAGCAGGACCUCAAAGGCCUGGAGGAGACGGUGGCCCGUGAGCUGCACAGCCUCCACAACCUGCGCAAGUUUUUUGUCCAAGACCUCACCGCUCGCGUCAGAAAGAGUGCGGAGAUGGAGCGCGACAGCAGCGGCGGGUACAUCAGCCAGAAGCAAAAAAUUUCCUUUUUGGAGAACAACCUGGACCAGCUGACAAAAGUCCACAAACAGCUGGUGCGCGACAACGCGGACCUCCGCUGCGAGCUCCCGAAGCUGGAGAAGCGUCUUCGCUCCACCGCCGAGCGAGUCAAGGCGCUGGAGGGGGCGCUGAAGGAGGCCAAAGAAGGAGCCCUGAAGGACCGACAGCGGUACCAGCGGGAGCUGGAGCGCGUCAAGGACGUCAUGAUGAGGGCCAGGAAUCCCUUCCGCCGCCCUCACGCCGCAAAUAUCGCCAAGCCGGUGCGCCCUGGCCACGCCUCACCCACGCACACCCUCUUCACCCGAGGCCUCGGCGAGCACCCGGUUUCGGUGAGUGACGACGAGCCGCUGGCUCCGCGAGCUGCCACUCCCGAACCGGAAAACCAUCACACUGCCCCCGAAACCAACCAGAACCGACCCGCCGGACGCUCUGACCACCAAAACUAUGCUCAGAACAUGGCUCCGCCGAGUCAAGCCGACACCGCCGGGAUGCUGGAUUCAGAAAACGGAAACACCAAAGACAUUAAUGACAACAGCAUGUGUAUAAACGACAACGUCGUGUCCACCGGCGACGUCUGCGACAAUCGGGAUCCGGGCAAACUGGGCCGCUUGCACUCGGGAGGCCACCGCCAGCUAAUAGAAAAGCUAGCAGCCGAUCAGCCGUCUUUGUAGCUUCGCCUUCGACUGCUGGAACACGCCUCCCUCUUCUUCCUCCUAUUCUGUCGUGUCCGAGGACUGCGUGUCGCGUUUGACACGUUGGUAGAAAUGUGCAUUGCCAGAGGUCACCACUAGCGGGUGCUGUUUGUCAUUUGUGAUGUGAUUUUUACUUUUAUAUCAUUACCAUAUUUCCUCAGAUAGUGCCCCCGUACUCCAAUCAAUGCCACACCGUAAUUAUUUGCCGUGUACUUUGCUCCACUUCCGUUUGAUCCAAAAGUUCAAAAGUUAGCUCUUGAGUCCGUUUUAAAAUCUGUUGCUCGCAUAAACAGCAGCACUUACCAAAGCACGUCAAGAGUCGGAUUAAAGGGUGGAGUUCUACCGGGUGUCUACAAUUCUUAUUAACAAUGAUGUUUGAAUGCUAACUGUUGGGUGAGGGUUAGGGUUAGCUUUGCGGGGACAGCGCUAAAUGUUCCGGUAGACUCUGACGAGUGGCCGCGUCGCAGUCCUGUUUCCAUUUUUACGCAACUGCUUAGUCUGCCUCGGCUGUUGUUGCUUUUUUCUGUGCCUUUAGUGGCAAAUAGCAAUGCGUCGGACUCAGACUUGUGGUCCCUCCAUAAUGUUGUGUGCGUUCAUAUUUAUGUUCAGGUUAGCUUAUUCUUUUUGGCCCAUCUCUCACUCAAUUUAUUUGUUCCCGAUACGGAACUUUGCCAUGAAUGUCGGUCUGGUAGACUCUGUGUGGUCACUCCACAAUGUUGUGUAGUGCGCGUCUUACUUACGUACUUACUUUCGUAUUCUGGAGAUGUUUUAAGUUAAGACUAGUAGACGUUGACUUGUGGUAACACCACGUUGUCUGAGUCCAUGUUUAUGUUAUAGGAAGGUAAAAAACUCAUUUAUUCUGAGCAGUCUGGCUUAUUUUUUUGCGGUUUUGUUAUCUCGGGAUGAUCUUUUUAAUUAUUACGACUCUUGGUUGCUCCACAAUGUUGUGUUCCGCGGAGCUACGCAACUUAAGUUUGUCCCAGUCUGCCUCAUUUCUUGUCAUUUUUCCUUAUUUCUCGUUUUUAUCUUGUAUUGAACGCCUAAGUUAACGUGACAAGCGAGGCCUCACCCAAUCCCAGCCGCUGUAUGAGGAAAUAUGGUACUACUGUAUUAAUUUUUUUCUGACAACACACUGUGCCGUUCUGUUGUGCAAACCCGACCAGGCGGUCUGUCAAUAUGUACCGUAUGCCCCCCAAGCCUCACCGACCCCUUUGCAGCCAAAUCUGUACUGAAAUUUAAAUAAACAAAUCAUAUUUUUAAACGCAUACAAAAUGAUAAAAUAUAUGAGAACAUAUAAGAGAUAUAUGAGAACUUUCUUUUCCACUACUGGACCGUGUCAUUCUGGUUACUCAGACGGGAGUGAAUUAUGCAUCUGUUAGGUCUAUUUUUAGCCUCGGACGCGUGCAUGUUUUAGCGUGUACUCCCACCAGAGUGUGGUGUGUAACACCCUGCGUGUGCGGGUACAUUGGUGUUUAUAGUACUUUGAUAGGAGGAUCAAUGAAUAAAUACAUAUAUAAUACAUCAAAUAGGAUCAGACUUAUUACCAAAAUGAGGAUUCUGAA